AGCUAGCUAAGAUAUAUAAGUUCUAAUUAAAGUUACCUAAGUCUUGCAGCAGUUUCUGAGGUACGUAUGAUGGAAUCAAAAAAGAGAAGGAGAUAUAAUGCGUACCUUAAAAGUGACAAUCCUCUUGAAGAAAUGCCAAAAAGCACAAAACGAUGGCUUGGUCUACCUGGUCAGGCUGGCCCUAGUUCCUCUGUUAAAGAAACACCAUUGCUCGAGGACGGGAUUGCUGAUGACCUGUUAGAAGAUGCACCAUUGCUCGAGGACGGGAUUACUGACGAAGAUGCAUCAUUGUUUGAGGACGGGAUUGCUGACAACCUGCUAGAAGAUGCACCAUUGCUCGAGGACGAGAUUGCUGACGACCUGCUAGAAAAUGCACCAUUGCUCGAGGACGAGAUUGCUGACGACCUGUUAGAAGCUGACAACUUGCCUGAGGAUGGAAUUACCGACGGCAUUAAAGAUGCACCAUCGGUAGAUACCCCUCUCUAUCCAGAGGCCUCCUUUUCCCUUCAUGUAGCUUUGAUACUUAUUCUGGCUUUUGUUGUUAACCACAAGCUGUCAAACGAAGCUCUUGAAGAUUUACUCUCAUUAAUUGGUACAUUGCUUCUCCCAUCACACAUUCUCCCGAAAACUCUGUACAAGUUCUACAAAUUACUGAACAUAAAACAAUCAGAUAUUAUCCGACACCACUUUUGCCCAGCCUGUAGUAUUGCCCUUGAGAAAGACAUCCACACUUGCCCAAAUCCAGCUUGCACCAGACAUUUUAGUUCCAAGUCAGAAGUGUCAUAUUUUGUUCAACUUCCGCUGGAAAAACAUCUUCAAGACAUGUUCAGCCGACCAGGAUUCCUUGAACAAAUAAAUCACCGAUUUGAACGUCCAAAUAAGCAUGCAAAUACUAUCUGUGACGUUUAUGAUGGAUCUGUCUACAAGAAUUUGGAGAAGAAUGAUGGAAUUCUAUCAAAACCAGGCAAUAUAUCACUAUUAUGGAAUACUGAUGGAAUCCCUGUGUUUAAAUCAUCUAACAAUGCGAUAUGGCCCCUGUAUUUCAUCAUAAACGAGCUUCCUUAUAGACUAAGGAUGAAGUGGCAGAAUGUUAUAUUAGCAGGCCUUUGGUUUGGAUCGAAAAAACCUAACAUGAAGCUUUUUCUUAGGCCUUUUUACACUUGUCUAUCAAAGCUGGAAACUGAAGGUCUACUUGUUAAAGCCUGGGACGCUUCGGAGAGCUUUGUGGUCAAGUGUGUACUGUUGGCUGGAACUUGCGAUCUUCCUGCCAAAUGCAUUGUGCAAAACUUUCGGCAAUUUAAUGGCUUCUAUGGGUGCUCAAAAUGCUUGCAGCCAGGAAGUACAUUCACCCUUGGACCAAACAGAAGAACACAUGUUUACCCAUACAUUUCAUCAAAUCCAACUGGACCUUUAAGAACAAAACAACAAACAAUCCAAGAUAUCCAAUACGUAGCAACAUCAGGAGAACCAAAAAAUGGGGUGUUAGGGCCGUCAUGGCUUACUUGUUUGAGGCACUUUGACAUUAUUAGAGGUACAGGAAUCGACUACAUGCAUGGUUGCCUUCUUGGAAUAGCAAAGCGCAUGUUAAAUUUGUGGCUUACAACAGAGCACAAGCAUGAGAGAUAUUACAUUGGUGGUUUAAUCGGCUUACUUGAUAGAAGGCUAACUUCAAUUCAACCACCCUCCGAUAUUUCUCGAAUUCCACGCUCAUUGUCCGACCGAAAGCAUUGGAAGGCAUCAGAGUAUAGGUCAUUCCUUUUGUACUAUUCGUUGCCAUUGUUAUUAGGGGUGCUACCACUCGACUACUUCCAACACUUCUCUUUGCUAGUUGUUACACUUCGAAUGUUCCUUAGUGAGAACAUUACUGCUUCCGAUUUAAAAGAGGGCAAGGUGUGCUUGGAUCUGUUCUGCAGAAAGUUUGGAUCUUUGUACGGAGAACAACACAUGGGCAUUAAUGUCCAUUCAUUGCUGCAUUUGACAUCCACCGUUGAAGAGCUAGGUCCACUAUGGGCUUAUUCUUGUUUUUCCUUUGAGGGAGUAAAUGGCCUCUUGUUAAAAAAUCUGCACGGGACACAAGGAAUUGCCUUGCAGUGUAUGCGUACAUACAACAUGAUUCAAGCUAUUCCAACGUGUGAAGUAUUUCCAACUGGAAGUAAACUUGAAGAGUUGCGAUUUGUGAAAGAGUUAGUCGGAGGGGCAUCAUUAUUGCCAUAUUCACGGAAGACGAUUGUGUUGGGAAAGAUUGUGUUGCAAGAAUUUACUGAUCAAGAAAAACGGGCUUUAGAUGCAUUUUUUCCACAGUGCUCAAGCUCUUGCAACCAGUACCAAAGAGUUCGGAGUAAUCGACAACUAUAUAGCACCAAACAAUUUUCACAGACCAAAAAGCGAUGUGAUUCGGUUGUGUAUUUUAUGCACUCUCGUUUUUCUUAUGGGCAAGUACAAAAAAUUGUUCAAGCAGACAUCGAAAACCAGUUGUCGACGCUUAUAAUAAUACGUGUUUAUGAAUGUAGCAAGCCCUUUGAUGAUAUUCCUCUCACAAUAAAAAAUUUUUUUUCUGUUAGGCCAAAAAAUGAACUAAUCGUUAUUAAAGCAGAAAAUGUGCUUGGAAAGUGUGUUUCUAUUGGAAUUGAUGAGAUGUUAUAUGUCACUAGUUUAGUCAACACAUUUGAAAAAGAUUAAUUAUAAUGUCACCUUUACUA